AUGAAGCUGCUAGCGGACAAGUACAGCGCCCAAUUCCCAGCGCACUCUCCCAGCGUCCGCGUGCCCAACGCGGAGGCGGUUCUGGUUACGGGGACCACGGGCCGGCUAGGGUGUCACAUUCUCGCCACGCUGCUCGCGCAAUCCUCGGUGGCGCGCGUCUUUGCGCUUAACCGAAAGGAUGCAAGGACCCAGCGUGGACUCGAAGCCAGGCAGAAGAUUGCGCUAGAGGACCAAGGCUUGUCGCCGGAGCUAGUGCAUCAUGAAAAGCUUUCGUUGUUGGAGGGCGACGUGGUGUCAUCGCAAUUCGGGCUGGAUGGUGCUAUAUUCAAGGCCAUGCAAGAAUCGGUGACUUGCAUUAUUCACAACGCCUGGCGCGUAGAUUUCAAUGUGUCCCUCAGCUCCAUGGAGCCUAUGGUCGCGGGGACUCGCAACCUACUCGACUUCGCUCUGUCCUCGAAAUUCACUUCCCCGCCCAAGUUCCUCUUCGUGAGCUCACUAAGCGUGUACAGGAACUGGACUCGUGGACCUGCGCCCGAAGAGCCUAUUCCCGACCCCGUAAUCGCCCAAGGCUCUGGGUACAGUGAAUCAAAGUGGGUUGGAGAGAAGAUCCUCCUCAAGGCUGCGGAGACAACUCCGCUCUCGCCGAGUAUAGUGCGUGUUGGCCAGAUCUCUGGUGGGAAGAACGGGGCGUGGAGUACGGUAGAGUGGUUCCCCUCUCUUGUCCGUGCAGGAGAGGUUGUCGGAUGUCUCCCGAUUGUGGCGGGGCAUGUAUCAUGGCUUCCAGCGGACGUCGCCGGUGCAAGCUUGGUGGAAAUGCGCCGCUCCUCGGCGCCGAUUUUACACCUUGCUCACCCCAAACCCGUUCCGUGGUCGACCGUAUUGAAGCCCUUGUCAGAGAAGAUGGGGGUACCGCUCGUUCCGUACUCGGACUGGCUUGCUAAGCUCGAGGCUACCAUCAGCAGCCACGCGCACGUCGCGGUGGCACAGGCUACUGGCAAUCCUGCGUUGCGUAAUAUGGACUUCUUCCGUGGUGCAGAGAAGACGUCGACCGACCGCGAGCUCGAGGCGAUGGGCUUCCCGCGUUUAGUCGUGGAGGUCGCGAAGAGGGAGGCUCCGUCUUUGCAGAAAGUGACGGCAUUGGGUGCGGACGAUGUUGACAGAUGGUUAUCUUACUGGAGGGCAGUCGGCUUCCUCCAGAAGGAGCACUGA